GCGUACGCGCCAGAGCAGCGAGAGUUCAAAUCAUGGUGUGAUCGGAAAGGUUUCCAUGAAACGACUCGCUACCAAGUUACCGCAUCAAAGCUACAUCUAUUCCUCCAAGACGAAGUAGUCGAUCGUGAAGUUCGUCGUGCAAAACAGCGCGAAUACGUCGAUAGGGGUGCGGGGUCUCUACUAAAUGGGUACUGCACUACGGAUGAUCUGGUUGCGAUUUCUCGGUAUUACAUGAAUCUGAACACCGGAUGUGACUUACGCGACCGCAUGAUCCACUUCUUGUGCCAUGCAUGCUUAUUGAGGAGUGAGGCGACGCGAAAUCUUGAGUUGUCCGACCUAUUCAGCGUGAUUCUAGAACAUGAAGGCUACACGGACUGUCGCGCGCUUGUGAUGAUAAUGGAGCAAGGCAAAACCAAUCCGUUCGGUCGGCGCGAGUUCGGUUCAUGUAUCCACCACCGCAACGUUGACCAAAAGAACGGUACAACAUCAACAUACUCGAGUCAGGCAAAAGCUCCACUACUGCAUUGA